UGCUUUGGUGCAUGGGAAGUAGACAACUCAAUUGGAAACCGUGUUAUCGUUACGGUAUAUAGUGAAUUUGAAAGCAAUUAACUCUUUCAUAAUAAUACGGUAUUUAUAUAUUUAAUUCAUCGUGUCCGCAGCUUGAAGUGAAAGUACAUACGGAUACAAAAACAACCCAACCGGAACUUGUAUGUUGAAAGUCGUAUGAUUUAAUAGCAACUCGGCAUCGCACACUAAUAUGAAUCAAGAUCGCCUUUUGAAGGUAGUUGUCGUGGGUGAUAAUGAAGUGGGGAAAAAUUGCAUUUUCACCAAGUUCAAGGAGAGUUUCAGAAAAAUACCUCUAGAACAUGAGCCAACUUCAUUUGAUAAUUUUUCAAAAUUAAUUGAAGUGGAUGGGAUUAUUUACCAUUUAUCUGUAUCGUACACUACCAACUCCACAGGCUGCGACGAGUUGCGCAUUCUCUCCUAUCCCAAUACGGACGUGUUUCUGCUUUGUUACGCGAUUGAUAAUCGACAGUCUUUUGAAAAUAUCUCAUCAAAAUGGAUUCCCGAGUUGAAGCUUCAUAGUCCUCACACGCCCAUCGUUCUAGUCGCAACAAAGAAAGAUAAGCGGAACAAAAAAGAUGCCGAUGCAAACUAUGUCUCCUACGCCGAAGGUCUAGCAAUCAGCAAAUACAUGAGCGCUUUUGUCGAGUGCUCGGUCAAGACGGGAGAGAAUUUAAGAGCGGUUUUCCGAGAGGCUGUUCGGGUGGCACUAGAUAAACCCAAGGUUACAUUAAUUAAGUGUAGUCUUCUAUAAUAACAAAGAACAAAUGACUACUGUCACACUGAUAGACCCAGUUUUGUCUUAAAAGGUAAUCAAUGAGCUUGAUUGCUCAAUAGGUUUUCGUAAGUUUCAGACGAUAAUACCGGUUUAAUAAUAGAAUCACCAAAUUGCCUGUUUAAUUGUUUCGA